AUGGGUGCGGAAACUCCGCUGGGAGGACCGAAGACUCCGCUGGGACGGCUUGUUCUUGCCAAGGAUUGGAAGCGUUGCCGCGUCAUGUCGCUUCCGGAGCGUCCAGAACACGCGCUAAUUCUUAUCUUUUCACUGCCAGGAUACAUGUGGACUCAUAAAAUUAGACGUGAUGAAAGUGCUGGUGUCAUCAUGUUUGAAUAA